CCUCUAACCACCACCUUCCCGACUCUCCCACCCUUCCUCUCUCCCUCCUGCCCUUGGCAUCCGUUCGAUAUGACUCACAACAGAGAAUGGGACAAGGGAAAGCAGGCUGACUACGGCGGAUGGCAGCCACCACCGCGCAGCAACGGCCACAUGCGAGACGACGACUGGUAUGGCGGCGACGCCGGCGGUAACUUCAAGCGCAGGAAAUACAACGACGGUGGCUAUGACCAGUCCCAAGGCUGGGACGACUCCGGCUACGACCAAGGGAGCUCCUACCAAGAUGAUCGCUACCACAAGGGUGGCGGGGGCAUGUACAACAAGAAGCGGCUCGUCCCCAGCGAGCCCAGUCCACACGUCAUCUUCCUUGGGCUUGACCCUGACUUCACCGAGUCCGACAUGCAAGCGUACCUGACGAGCAACAAGUGCAGCAUCGAGUCGGUCACCAUCAUCCGAGACAGAUCUACAGGUGUCUCGAAGGGCUUCGGCUUCGCCCAAUUCACCACGACGGAACACGCCCGCGCGUUCGUCGACCCCUUGUUUCCCUUCAUACAGAUCCCGCCGCCCGCCUCUCACGGCGCGACCGCGCGCGCUGCGUUCUACCGCGCCGUAGAACAGAACAUACCGCAGCCCCCAGGCGGACGACGCGUCAAGAUCGACUAUUCACAGUCCGCUGCCCCUGGGGAGCGCCGCGGACCCAAGGGGACAUUGCAGUCGAACGACGGGACGCGCGACAUCGGCAACGUCCAGGCGCCUGUCCUGCUCUUCCGUGGGCUGGAUCCGCUGAGCGGCCCGCAAGCCAUCGCCCAAGCUAUGAAGCUGAGUGCAGGCCCGGGGAAGGAGGGCGCUAAGGGCAUGCGGAGGAUCAUCUUGAUCAAGGACAAGGUCACGACGGCCAGCUGGGGAUUUGCGUUCGUGGAGUUCGUCGACAUCCAGUCGGCAUCUGCUGUCUUGGCUUCCACCAUGUCUCCGCAGCUGCACCCGAAUGGGUUCCGCAUCUCUGACCGCCCCGUCGCUGCGUCGUUUGCGCACCCAUAUUCCUUCCAACCCAUUCCCGACUACUCACUACGAGAUGAGGCGUGCGUGAUGGCGACAAGCACGCUGGGCGGCGUGGAAGGAGUGUGGGUGCGGUACUGGGACGAGGCGUCCACGGCGGCCGUGCUCGAGUUCACGGUGGAGGAAGAGGCCCCGUCCACUAGUGCCACCCCUGCCCCAAAGGAGAAGAAGGAGAAGAAAAAGAAGGAUACCACGCAAGAGACAUCUGUCGAGGCCUCCGCCCUACCCGUAUCUGACAAACCAGUGACUUUGAGCUUCAAAGGCGGCUUGUCGAUAGCAAAGCCUGGCCCGGCUGGACCAUCCAAGAAGGCCGUGCCCCUGUCCCAGGCUUUCUCGAUGGACGACGCUGCUGAGGGCGAAGGGGAUGCGACUACGACUGACGCGACUGCGACCGAAGAUCCGAAGGUUGCUGCCUCUAAGAGAGUCGCUCCGCUGAUCGCGAGCAAGAAGACUGUGAACAACAUCAACAAGUGGAACCAGGUUCAGGAUGUCCUACAUCAUGACGCACCGCAAGAAGUACCCGCCACGCAACCGGUGGAGACUCCAGCCCCGGUUGCUCCUGUCGCCGCAACACAGCCGGCUGCUGUCAAGGCUUCUACGCUCACCGAGACCGCGGAGACUGAGUUCGAAUUCUCAGACACCAAAGCCAUGAUUUGUCUGCUCUGUGCGCGACAAUUCAAAUCGCUCGAUCAGCUCAAACGACACAACAAAGAGUCGGACCUUCACAAGAAAAACUUCAAAGACGCAGCCUUGCGCGAAGUCGCCAGAGAGAAGGUCCGCGCCGCGCGCGCAAAGGCCGAGGCCCAGCAGCCAAAGUACCGCGAUCGUGCGUCGGAGCGGCGCGUCAUGCACAACCAGCCCGAUGUACCCCGCCCUUCGUCUGAUGACAAGCCGGUUGCCAAGCGCAAGCACUCGGAGGGUCCCCCACCACCGGAACCGCCACCCGCCCCACCCGUCAAUCCUGGCAAGGACGAAAGCAACAUUGGGAACAAGUUGUUGAAGAUGAUGGGCUGGAAAGAGGGGCAAGGCCUGGGUACGGAAGGCGAGGGCAGAGUGGAUCCUAUCCAAACGGCCCUCUAUGCCGCCGGUGCUGGGCUUGGGGCGACGAAACCGAAGGAUAUCACCAAGUUAGCCAGCGAUUAUACCGGAUACGUCAAUCUGGCCAAGGAUGCUGCUCGUGAGCGAUAUGGAAGCUAAGCAUACCGCUAAGCUGCCAAUCGCUGUUCUUUUGUACGCAUACUGUAUCCCAGCUGUUGCCACUGCUGUAAUGUUGUCUAAGCUUUGUUUUCGAUACGCGGCCAUUCUGUGUCUCCCUUUUCAGUGUCCUUACUAUAUCACCCGCGUUU